AUGGCAUCGUAUGGUGACAGUGACAACAUAUUACUCUACAUUUCACCAGAUGAAGUUAAUGAUUUUGUCGGCGAAUACACACGGGCAGGGUUAUGGGAAAAUGUUAUAAUGUUAUACUACGAAUUCCCCCAACAAGCUCAUACAGCAAUUAUCUCUGUUUUAGACUGUACUGCAUUACAUGUAGCUAUAGAUUUAUACGAAGAAAUCGUGGUUAAAGAGCUUGUGAAUGCAAUUUUGACGUACCAUAUCGAAGUUAGUGAUCAGAGUCAGAGUGAGAGAGUUGAAGCUUUGGAAAUGGAGAAUGAACGCGGUGACACCCCGUUGCAUUUUGCAGCAUCGAGAGGUUUUGCUAGAUUAUGUAAGUAUAUUAUUGGAGGAAAUAAUGAGAGGAUAUAUUUGUUGAGGCGUACAAAUAGACACGGCGAAACACCUCUUUUUCAAGCUGCUGUAAAUUGGAGAAAACAAACUUUUGCUUAUCUUGCUCAGAUUUCUAAAGAUAUAGUCACUUUGCAAGAUCUUGUUCGAGAUGAUGGUGAUAGUAUUCUUCACACCGCUAUCCGAGGAGAAUAUUUUGAUUUAGCUGUGAUAAUAGUAUAUUACUACGAUUUUCUAAGCACGCAUUUGAACAAAGAGAAUUCAACUCCUCUCAAAGUUCUUGCAACUAGGCCUUCCGCGUUCAAAAGUGCUGGCACCCUUCCGUUGUAUAAGCGAAUCCUAUACCACUGUACACUAGUGGAACCAGUCGAUGCGGAGAGAACAAUGAGAUGGAAUUUGAGAAAGAUGGAGGAUCGUCCGGAUUGUAAUAAGACGAAGUUUCCAACGAACUAUACAGCUUUAUAUGAUUUUGUUUCUAUAUGGUUAGGUGCAACAAUAUUUGGAAAAAAGAUUGGGAAAAAGAAACAGCUCGACCCGGAAGAUCCUCCAAAUCGGCUUGGAUCAGAUAAGUAUUCUGUUGAGUAUUUGCCACCAAAUUAUGUAACAUUUCAUCAAUUUUUCAAGUCUGCGUAUGUACAUAUUCUUGGCCUAUCAGGAGUAGAGUUAAAGGACAUAAAGAAUGUGAAAAAGAAGCAUCAAUGGAGUAGUCAGCUUUUGAAGGCUUUAAUGAAAAGACCUUACGCAGCAUUCACGGGAUGUGGAGGACGACCAACGGAUAUAGAACUUGAUCCUGACAUGUAUAAUGUAACCCAAGGUGGAGUCAGAGGGUUUGAAGAUUAUGUACUAGAAUCUGAUAACAUCGUUUAA